CUACAAUAUUCUUCCGCAAGACGCACGCAGUUUUGUUUAUUAACCGCUACGGAAGUGCCCGGCAGCGCCUCCAAUGGCCGAAGCGUGACAUUACAGCGCUUUUCUUUCGCGUGUCGUGCAGACCGAAAGGGCGCAAAAGCUGCAGCAUGGAGGGUCGAGUCAGUAAGGAGCCGGAGCAGCUCAGGAAGCUGUUCAUUGGUGGACUCAGUUUUGAGACCACAGAGGACAGUUUACGAGCUCACUUUGAGCAAUGGGGCAAACUCACAGACUGCGUGGUAAUGAGAGAUCCAGCAAACAAACGCUCGCGAGGUUUCGGCUUUGUGACGUAUUCCUGUGUCUCGGAGGUUGACGCUGCUAUGGCAGCACGGCCACACAAAGUGGACGGUCGAGUCGUUGAGCCCAAACGGGCCGUCUCCAGAGAGGACUCUAAUAAACCUGGAGCCCAUCUGACAGUGAAGAAGAUCUUUGUGGGUGGAAUCAAGGAAGACACAGAUGAGUAUCACAUCCGAGAGUACUUUGAGCCAUAUGGGAAAAUUGAGACCAUCGAUAUCAUGGAGGAGCGUUCGACGGGGAAAAAGAGAGGAUUCUGCUUCGUCACCUUCGAUGAUCAUGAUACUGUGGAUAAAAUUGUUGCACAAAAAUAUCACACAAUCAACUCGCAUAACUGUGAAGUAAGAAAAGCACUUCCAAAGCAGGAGAUGCAAGCUGUUUCUAAUCAGAGAUAUCGCGGUGGAGGUGGAGGUGGGGAUAAUUUCAUGGGCAGAGGAGGAAACUUCGGAGGUGACAACUUUGGCAGAGGAGGGUACGGAGGAGGCCGGGGUGGCUACGGAGGAGAUGGAUACAACGGAUUCGGGGGUAACUGUGGUGGGGGUCCUGGCUAUGGAGGGGGCCGUGGAGGGUACGGUGGAGGUCCUGGAUUUGGUAACCAAGGCGGAGGAGGCUUCGGAGGAUAUGACAACUACAAUGAUGGCAGGAAUUUUGGAGGUAACUUUGGUGGUGGUAGUGGAGGCGGUGGAGGAGGAGGAGGAGGAGGAAAUUACAAUGAUUUCGGGAAUUACGGUGGACAACAGUCCAACUACGGCCCCAUGAAGGGAAAUAACUUUGGAGGAGGAAGGAACUCAGGACCUUACGGAGGUGGAUAUGGCUCUGGCGGCGGAGGAGGGGGUUAUAACUCCAGGAGAUAUUAACUGAUUAGUUUGUCUGUGAUGGGAAAGGCAGCGCCCGAUCUACAGUAAGUGGCUGAAAGUCUUUUCAGCGAUGGUUCUGGAUGGGUAAGAUUAAUACGUGCAAGAUAUUUAUGUGGAUUUGUUAAAGAUAUCCUCCCGUAGUCACACAGAGAGUUUUAGAAACAUUUGACUCAAUUGUAGCUCAUGGUGUGUGGCUGAAUCUCACGAAACCUGAUAUGUCCGGGUCUUGUUUCACCUCACAAUCAAAAAAAUAUAUAUAUAAAUAUAUAUAUAUAUAUAUAUAUAUAUAUAUAUAAUUUGAUAUUAUAUAUAUCAAGUUAUAUUUUGAAUAAAGAACCAUUUACUUCACUUCUAUAUGUAUCAGCCAUUUGAAUGAAUCGAAUGAAUGAAUGAACGACUUUUACCAUUUACCGCCACCUACUGGCAGUUUUAGUUUCUUAUUUAGAGUCUAAUUUUAUUUAAACAUUUUUAUAUUUCCAUAUUAAUAAAAAAAUAAAGGUAUAGUUUACAUCAUUUACUCAACCUCAUGGUCCAAAAGUUCAUCUGUAAUAAAUUAUGUUGAAUCAAAUAAAGUAUCUUUUUGAAGCUACUUUUUGUAAUGUCUAGUUGAUGCUUUAUACAAUAAUGACUUCAAAUUAUCUUUUGGAUAAUUUCUCAGCCAGAAUUGAUGUGCGAUUACUUAAUUGCCUCAUGUAAUUAAUUAGAUUAAACAUUUUUAAUCAUUUGACAGCCUUCAUUUAUGUACAUGUCAUGUUGUGAUGCCAUUAACUUAUGCUGAUUUUGUUUCUACACUAUUACUUGUAUAAUAUUCUGUUAAGGUGCGGUCACAUUUACCAUUGUUCAGCGAGUGUUUGUGGGUGAAAUCCAGUCAUGUCGGUAGGAAUCCACACCAUUGGGAGUUUCAGUUGAUGGCGAAACAUUUCCCCACGCAGAUUUCGCAACAGGUUGAAGUUGUUCACAUGGAUUCACUGCGGUGCCCAAGAGAAAUCUUCUCGGUUUGAAAGUGACUUCUGCGUGAGCUGUGCUUCAUACAUUGCUGCCUAGACAAUGGACUCCUUUGUCCACAAAAUUUUGCAAAUGUGGUGAAAUUUCUUGUGCGUUGUCAAUAGUGUAGCGAUGCAUGACUGCAUUUUGUCUGCGGAAUUUCACCAUACAAGGGUGUAAAUGUGACCGCAGUACUGAAAAUUAAAUUUAUUUAAAGAGUUAAUCUAAAAUCUUAAGAAAAUUCAGAAAUGCCAAGUCUGACUGGCAGAUUGAGUUUAGGGUGGAAUGUGACCCAGACUAGUUUUAGUGAGAUUCAUUCACUAGUGCGUGAGUGAGGACAUUUUUCAGGAACUUCCAUGAACUGUGAAAAUUUUUGUAGUAUUUUGACAGUUAAUAUUAUUACGCACUGGAUGUCUAUAACAUGACCGUAUACUCUAUUAUUGUGGGAGGAUAUUUUGUAAUUCAGGGUAAAUACAUACACAGUUGUGCUCAAAAGUAUUCAUACCCUUGGUAAAUAUGAACAAUAAAUCUAAGCUGUUAACCCUUUUGAUCUUUUAUUUUAAAAAAUGUACAAAAAUCUAACCUUUCAUUGGUGAAUAAGAAUUUAAAAAAUGAGAAAAUUCAUUAAAAAUUCAUGUUUUUUCUCUAAUACACAUUGGCCAUGAUUAAUCAUACCCUUUUAGUCAAUAUAAUUUGCAACGUCCUUUUGCCAAGAUAACAGCUCUGAGUCUUCUCCUAUAAUUCCUGAUGAGUUUGGAGAACACAUGACAAGAGAUCAGAGACCAUUCCUUCAUACAGAAUCUCUCCAGAUCCUUCAGAUUCCAGCUCCAUGUUGGUGCUUCUUCUCUUCAGUUCACUCCACUCAUUUUCUUCAGGGUUCAGGUCAGGGGACUGGGACGACCAUGGCAGAUGCUUCAUUUUGUGCUCAGUGAUACAUUUUUGUGUUGGUUUUGAUGUUUGUUUUGGAUCAUUGUCCUGAUGGAAGAUCCAACCACGGCCCAUUAUAAGAUUUCUAGCAGAAGCGGUCAGGUUUUGAAUUUUUAUUUUUUGGUAUUUGAUAGAAUCCUUGAUGCCAUGUAUCUGAACAAGAUGUCCAGGACCUCCAGCAGAAAAAUCAGCCCACAACAUUAAAGAUCCAGCAGUAUAUUUAACCGUGGACAUGGGGUACUUUUUAUCCAUGUGUGCACCAAACCCAUCUGGUGGGUUUGCAGCCAAAAAGUGCUUUUUUUUUUUUUUUUUUUAAAUAUAAAAGUUUCAUCUGACCAUAGAAGCCGGUCCCGUUUGAAGUUCCAAUUGUGUCUGACAGCUGGAGAUUGUUUCUGGAUGAGAGCAGAGGAUUUUUCUUGAAACCCUUCUGAACAACUUGUGGUGAUGUAGAUGCUGUUUUUUUUUUUUUUUUUUUUUUUUUUUUAUGAGACUUUCUGAGGCUUUCUGAGACUCAAGACUCGACUUAUCUCUGUAAUUCUCCAGCUGUGAUCCUUGGAGAGUCUUUGUCCACUCAAACUCUCCUCCUCACCGCACAUUAGGACGAUUUAGACACGCGUCCUCUUCCAGGCAGAUUCGUAACAUCUUUAGUUGAUUGGAACUUCUUAAUUAUUGCCCUGAUGGUGGAAAUAGGGAUUUUCAAUGCGUUAGCUAUUUUCUUACAGCCAUUUUCUAUUUUGUGAAGCUCAACAAUCUUUUGCUGCACAUCAGAACUAUAUUCUUUGUUUUACCCAUUGUGAUGAAUGAUUAAAGGAUUAGCUCAUUUUAAAAUGAAAAUUAGCCCAAGCUUUACUCACCCUCAAGCCAUCCUAGGUGUGUAUGACUUUCUUCUUUCUGAUGAAGACAGAGAUAUAUUAAUAAAUAUCCUGACGCACCCAAGCUUUAUAAUAGCAGUGAACGGGACCAACGAGUAUGAGCUGAGGAAAGUGCCUCCACCCAUCAUAAACGUACUCCACACAGCUCCAGGGGUUAAUAAAGGCCUUCUGAAGUGAAGCGAUGCAUUUGUGGCUUGAGGGUGAGUAUAGCUUGGGGUAAUUUUAAUUUUAAUUUUAAAAUGAACUAAUCCUUUAAGGGAAUUUGGCCUUCCUCAUAUUUAUACUCCUAUAAAACAGGAAGUCAUGGCUGGACAAUUUCAUGUUCCUAGAUUUUUUUUUUUUCUGCUAAAAAAUGUAAAAAUGAAUGGGAAUAUACUUCAGAGAUAUUUUACUCAUAAGAAUUUCUUUAUCAUAUGGUUUUUCCGCCACUUUCACUUUUAUUUAUUUUUUUUAUUUCAAUUUGUUUUCACAGUCGUCUUUGAUCAUAUUUUCCAAGGGUAUGAAUAAUUUUGAGCACAACUAUAUAUUCACACAAGAUUUUCUUAAGAUAUUUUAUAGUCUUAAAACAUCACUGAUAAUGUCAUAAUGAAUAUGUGUGAUUGCAUUGCCAAAUGUUGACUGUUUAAUAAAAAUGUUUGAAACGCCCUGAGAA